UCAAACUCUAAUCUCAGCCCCCACCACUUUAUAUAACACCCCUUCCUCCUACCCACAGAACAUCCUCAAAUCUCCAACACAACAUCAAAAUGGAACAUUGUUUUUCCACACUAGCUUUGUUCCUGUUGCUAACCACAACCACCCAUGCCAUUGUUGUGCCAACCCAAAACCAACCCAGAAGCUUCGCAAACCAGUUUCUGAUCCCCCAGAAUGCAGCACGUGCGUCGGUGAGGCAGCGUCCCUUGGUGUGGGACUACAAACUGGUACGCUACGCCCAGUGGUACGCAAACCAGAGGCGCAGUGAUUGUGCGCUGGAGCAUUCGAAUGGACCUUACGGUGAGAACAUAUUCUGGGGCAGUGGCACGGGGUGGAAGCCAGCACAAGCUGUUACUGCAUGGGUUGAGGAGCGUCAAUGGUACAAUUAUUGGCACAAUUCUUGUGCGGAUGGACAGAUGUGUGGACAUUAUACCCAGAUUGUGUGGAACACUACUAGGAAGGUUGGUUGUGCUAGCGUUGUUUGCUCUGGAGGGAAGGGCACUUUCAUGACCUGCAACUACGACCCUCCCGGUAAUUACUAUGGAGAAAAACCUUACUGAAAAUUCUGUAAUUAUAAGCUCUGAGACAAGUCAAUAAUGUAUUAGGAUCUUGCCCAUGUUCUCCUCUGGCAUAUUAGUGUUGUCUGUUUGCCAUGUGGGUUUAAUUGUGGCUCUGUCUCUCGUGUCUUCAAUCGUGUAGCUAGCUACUCUGUAUCCUUGUUUUUAUUGCUUGUCUAAUAUCAAAUCUAAAUGUCUCAUAGUAAUAUGUUUUCUUUUCGUUUC